GCUCUGGGACCACAUAAGUAUUAUUGAAGCAAUACACAAGAUGAAAUGGCCCCCGGAUAGAGACUGGUGUGCUGCCGAGAGGACAACGUGGCGUGUAGUUGCCGCGCUCCGUCCCGCGAAGAUACAGUUUUUUGUGGGAAGAGACAAAAACAUGCAAGGCGACUUCGAGGACGAGAGAAUAAGUCGGAGAUCGGUAGAACUAGCAUCAUGAGAGCAGCAAUUACAAUUGGCUCCUCGUGUUGCACAUCUCGCAACUCUUCUUCUUCGUCUUGGUGCUGGGUUCAUCUCAUCCUCUCAUUGGCAACAUCACUAUCUGCAGAUUCGUUACCAUGUCUGGAUCUGGGCGAGGCAAUCGCAAGGGCAUGUUUGCCGCGUCGAGAAGUUCUUGUGCGCUGCGGGUCUUCUUUUCUUCCACCUAUGCGAUGAACAAAACAACGUUGCUCCAGCACCUUCUCUUCCUCCUCGCACUGUUAUUGCCCGAACAUUUUUACGUCCUCGCGGAUCUUCCUCUCCACUGCUUGAUCCAGGAUGCGGUCGGGGACUGGACCUUUUACGUUGAGGACGGCCUUUUGCCCGACGAAGAGGAUUAUGCAUUGCAAAAGCAUCGUACUCGUAUAAAUGCAUAUACUAAUUUCCUCAGCAUGAGAAAUAAAAUUUGUCAUGCGGGUUUACUUCACGAAAAAUAAAAAAUUUGUAAUGCAUGACUGCAAUUACUACAAAAUAAGCACGAUACGUUUGCACAGGAUAAGGAUGAGGAGAGUCUGAGUCGUUGGUUCACCUACGCCGACGAAGAAACGGAGGAGGCGGACGACGCCGCCACCUCCGUAGAAGCUGAAUCAACCGACCUCCGUGAUUUGAAUCUGCUGUACCCCAUUCCCACAUGCGGCCACACCUUCCCGAACUCCGCGGCGGUUAUGGCGCAGCUGGACCAGCGGAAGGUGGUUGCGGAGCGGGUGGCGUUGCUGACCACGCCGGAGGGAGAGCUGGUGGAGGUGACGGAUGACAAAGCACUAAUCAGGCCGGACGAGUUGAUGUCACCACUAACGAGGACUGGUGGCCCAGGUGGUGGUGGUGGCCGAACUUCUAAGUCCUACUACCGCCCCCGGCGGAAAAAGAGGAAGCGCAUUGCUCCCACGUGGUGGCGGGGACUGAAUGCGAGUAGGGAAAACAUCACUGCAUUUUUGCAGGAGGGAGGUGGAGCAGGGGUCGAUGAUGAUCUUCUACUUCCAGGCACCUCCAGCGCAGCGCUUUACUCGGCCGGUGGCCAGCAGCACAGUUCUGUUUCAUCUGACAGUGAUGUCGUCCGCAUCCCGACUCCUCAGUACAAGCCCUACAAGGAGAUUUCCGUGAAGCUCACGGACGAAGUGAUGUCAGAAAACAUGGGCCUGCGCGCGCUCGUGGACAACGAGGAGUAUCAAAUGCAAAUAUGCCUGGGUCUGGAAAGUGGGAACUUGUAAUGCUAGCGCUACAUUCAUGGGAAAUCUGUAUUGCAUAACCGACAAAAGCCGCAGCCAUUUUUGUCAUGCAGAAACGCAGUUUCUCAUGCGCAUGCGGGCUGCCUAUGAGAAAAUGCUCCGGAACAAAGUUGUCACGCUGGUCUGCAUUCGGAAGUGUUUCCAUCAUGCACAUUUUAGCAUCACAAGUUUCCAGACCCAGACACUUUUGCACUUGAUAAGGAGGCGGUGUGGACCAUGGUAGCGGACGAAGGGGUGCACAUCCGGUUGCAGGACAAGAUAUCCUGUGCAAAAGUGUCGCACUCGUAGUAAUUCUUGCAGUUAUGCAUUACAAAUCUUUUUCCUAAGGGCAAUCAGCAUGACAAAUUCCAUUUCUCAUCAUGCUGAGGAAAUUUGUAAUGCAAUUCAUACUAGCACGAUGCUUUUGCAAUUCAUACAAGGAGUUUUUCGCGCACUUCGACUUCCGCCUGGUGAACAAAUACCCGGACUUCCAGGACGGCACCGUGAAACGGUACCCGAACAUGGAAAACAUCGUGGGCUUCCAGGGCAUUGUCAACGGCACGGGGAUAUGAACUGCAAAAGUAUCGUACUCGUAUAAAUGCAUUACAAAUUUUCUCAGCAUGAGAAAUAAAAUUUUUAAUGCGAAUUUACCUUAAAAAGAAGAUUUGUAAUGCAUGAUUGCAAUACGAGUACGAUACUUUUGCACAGGAUAGGGGAGGAGACUCCCGCCGAAGGGACAAGACUACCUCUGCAAGUGCGACGUGUUGAGCGCGGGGUGGACUUCGGUCACGGAAAUCGACGUCACAAAAUUGAAAAAGCCGAACAAGAACCCAUUUGUGUACCGAAGACCCGCGGAGGGCGGUAGCGGCGCAGGAGGGGGCGGAGCUAGUAGUACAGAGGCAGCUGGUGGUGCAGCUGCAAACCCGGCGGAAGAGAUCCAGGCAGCGCGGGAACAGGAAGAGAAACUUGACGAAGAGGAUGAGGAGCAGGCCAAGUCGACGCGGUACGGCUGUUUCUGGGGCCACAAGCAGGGCAAGGACGUCUCUGAGGGCUUGGAGAAAAUUUUGCCGAUGAACGUCUCGUUAGCGCAUUUGCAAAACGCGAAAUUUAUCCACCGAAGGAAGACCAAAGUGGUGGACCAGUCGCGGGAGGUGGUGAAGAAGGGCGGGUACAGAUUGUAUGUGGAAAAGAUCCCGAAGCAGUUCAACAACUCUGCGCAAGCCAUACCGGAGCUGACGACCCACAUCGCGCAGCACGGCACGCGCGGGGUGCUCAAUGCGGAGUACACCGACUGGCUCACCGCUUCGUUUCUGCAGAAGGAUCAUGAUCAUUCUAGUACAAUAUUGAGCAGGACGAGGGACGUCGUAAACAAGCAGCAGCCACUGCUGCACCCGAUUUCGUACUACCUGGAAAAACGAGAAACGAAUGAAAAAAGUAGGCAAAGGCUACGCCGAAUUAUAAGUAAGAAAGUCUCGAAAAAGAAGAAGAGAGCCUCUGAACAGGGAGCUGCUCGCCAAAACCUGCGGGACGGGGGCUGGAAGAUGCUACCAACCGCGGAAUAUGCAUUGCAAAUAUGUCUGGGUCUGGAAGGAUGCAACCUGUGAUGCUACCUCUGGAUUCUACAUAAAAUCUCUAUUGCAUGAACAGCAAUAGUUUUUUGCCACGCGGAGCGAGCAUUUCAAUUUCUCAUGCGGUAUGGGCAUCAAAAAGUCCUUGCAGAGUCUGUGAUGCUACGGCAUGCAUCACAGACAUUAUGGGUCAUGCAAAAUCUAGAUUACAAACUCCUGCAUUCUUCCAGACGCAGACAUAUUUGCAUUGGAUACGGAACUCCCCAACUCCGAUGCGUUCCCGGUCAACUUCACGUGGCGGGGGCACGAAUAUGAGAGUGCACGACUCCCCUCCCCUCAUUUGUCAUGCAAAGUCCCAAAUCUACCUUCUGCCUGUUAGCACUUUUGGCAUGACAGACUCCGAAAGCCAAAACAGCACUUUGCCAGGAAUUUGUCAUGCAAAAGCUGCAUCUUUGCCAGCGCUUGUGUUGCUGUUCAUGCAACACAAAUGAGGGGGAGGGGGAGUUGUGCACUCUCAUAACGAAAGUCUUUCGGCCUCGCUUCCGGAAGAGCUGGACAUUUUGUCUGAGGAUUUCGACCAGGGCGCUUGUGGCAGCUGCUACGUGCACAGUGCGACAAACGUGAUGCAGAUGCGAACCAGGAUCGCGUUUCAGAGAAGGUAUAAAAAAGCUGGAUGCUGCACCGGCGGACAGAUACGUGAUUUUUUGUUCGACAGUAUGCACAUGGCACCACACAGACACAUCGUUUCUUUCUACGAAAAUAAAAGUAAAAGCUCCUCCGAACCAUCUACAUCAAUGUGUACAUCAUGAUGAUGAUUCGUAUAUUAGAUACAACGUGUCCUACCCGCUGACCCUGUCCUGGCGCGCGGCGAUGCGUUGCAACCCGUACAACGAGGGCUGCGGCGGCGGCUUUCCCUACCUGGUCUUCAAGCAAUUCGCGGAAACCGGGGUCCCCGCGAUCGAGAAGGCGAACGCCGGCUGCGACCCGAUACGGUAUCAACGGAUGGUUUUUGUGCGCCACUUCCCCCACAUCGUGAAGGUGCCAAACGCGGCGAAAAUCCUCCGCUACAUGCUACAGUUCGGCGCGAAGUUGGGCGACGAUGUCAUCGUGAAAAUCUUGCUUCUCAUAUGACAGUGCACAACUCUCCCUCCUCCUCAUUUGUGAUGCAAAAUACCCGAUCCACCGCUUGCCUCUUGGCACUGUUUGCAUGACAAGUUCUUGUAGCCCAAAUAGCACUAUGCUCCGAGUGCAAAUUUGUCAUGCAAAACCAGCAUUGGUGUUGAUGCUCAUAUUGCCGUUCAUGCUAUACAAAUGGAGGGGAGGGGGAGUUGUGCGCUGUUAUAUCUCAACUGGGUGCAGUACGAGAACCAGAAAUGGUGGGUGUACGGGACGUAUGCUGUGCAAAAGUAUAGUACUCGUAGUAAUCGCAAACAUGCAUUACAAAUCUUGCUCUUAAGGUAAAUCCGCAUUACAAAUUUUAGCCUUCAUGCUGAGGAAAUUUAUUUGUAAUGCAUUUAUACGAGUGCGAUACUUUCGCACAGGAUAGGACGGGCGGAAACUUGAAUUUGGACGGAAAAGUGUCGGAGGCAGAUACGAAAGAAUUUGACGCAAAGUACAACGAGACAGCAGUGGAAUUCUCCACGAGGGCCCGGAUAUACAUUGCAAAUAUGUCUGGGUCUGGAAGGUUGCAACUUGUGAUGCUGUCUCUGCAUUCUAAAAAAAGCUGUAUUUUUGCAUGACCAGCAAGAGGGGUCCAGUUUUUGCUACCUGGAGAGGGCAUUUCUCAUGCGGAAUGAGCAUCAGGAAGCCCUCUAGAGAUCUGUGAUGCUAGGUUAUGCAUUACAGGCGUCAUGGGUCAUGUAAAAUUAGACCAGAAAAUCGGAAGAAGUACAUGUUUUUUUGCGCAUCCCCUUGCAACGGGGGUCGCGGGCUGAAUGAGGUUGGGGGGUGCGAAGGCGCGACCGCGUUCCGGGUUGUUUUAUCCCGGAAAAAUUAGCCCCCGGCAUUGCGGCUGCGCGGCCGGGGCCGGGGCGGGUCGGCUUGGCGUAGAUAGGAAGGCGACGGCACACAGCCAACACCUCGCCACCCGCCCCCACGCUGGGCCCACGUCGGGGACACACAACAGACGCGGCGCGCAUCCCGGGGCCCCAACGCGAAGCCCUUCCGGGCCCGGAAAAGCUCUUGCUUUGGCUGCGGCCUGGCGCGCCUUUUCCCUUCAUUCCGGGGCCCCGGCCGGCGGGUGAACUGCAGGCCCCCCAAGAGGCGCGCGCGCCUCCCCCUUUCGGAGGGGGGGGAAAAGGGGGCCCGAAUUGGCCCAAUUCGCCUCCCUUUUUGAGGGGGGGUAAAAUGUGCCCGAUUCUGGCUCAUUUUGCCCCCCCCCUGUAGUAGCGGGGGAAGGCCAUUUUUUGCCCCCCCCUAAAAAAGGCGGCAGAAUUGGGCCAAUUCGGCCCCCUUUUUACCCCCCCCUCCAGAAGGGGGGCCCGCGCGCCUUCCGGGCCCCCCUUCCCGGCCCCCCAAUUGUGGGACGGCUGUUGUUGGGGCCGAAGCAGGCCCCACCUUAGGGGCGCGCGCCCACCCUACUGCUUCGAGGGCCGGCCCCUCCGGUACGGCGAGCAGGCCCAUGCGCUUCCGGCAAAAAACAUGGCGGCGGCGCACCGGCCCGACCGGGACGGGCCCGCGGGGAGGCCGCUUGGUGGGGCGGCGUUUCUCGCUCUUGGCGGGCUUCGAGGUCGGGAGGCCGCCCCGGCUCUCUUUGGCAAGCCACAACCCCCGAGCCGCUGCAUGGCGCAGCGAGGUCCUCGGGCCGGGUGUACUGUCGGGGCACCCCGCCGCCCCCGAAGCGAAACGAAAGCGGCCCGUCAUGCAAGCGGGUGCGCGAAAAAGUAUGUACUUCUUCCGAUUUUCUGGUCUAAUAAAAUCAGCGCGACAGGUCUUGCAUUCUUCCAGACCCAGACAUAUUUGCAUUUCAUACCGGAAAGAGAUCAACGACAUCGUGCAGAACAUCGCCCUAGGGCCGAUGCGGAACGGCGGGGUCGGCACGGCUUCGAAGGAUGUCUAUUACGCCGACGAAAAGCUGAGGGAGAAGCGGGCGGAGGCAGAGGCGGCGGCGGUGGAGUACAAGCAGAAAGCGGCGUCACUCUUGCAGAAUUUCAUAGCGCUGGGGAAAGAUCGGCGGGUGUUGGGCCGGAAUAUUAAGGAGGAUAAGAGUAGUAGGCUUGUCAGCGGUGCUCUUACACCGGCGCAACCGUUGUUGUCAGCUCCUUUGGGUGGAGUAGUAAGUGGCGUUGCCGUAGCAGCAGUAGUCGCAGAUUCUCGUAAGCACGAGGAGCCUUCAGUUCUUCACCAGCAGAAACCACGAGCAAACAAUCCCAGUGCUAAAAGAUUCACCCACACCGCUUGGGCUGAAGUGCUUCGGAAAUUAGAGUCGCUGGAAGAAAAAGUCGGAACGAAGCUCGACGCUGGAACAAACAAAAAUGCUGAUGCGACUGCUGCUGCUGCUGCCGCUGCUGCUGCCACAACCGCCCAGGACAAAUUUGCCUCGGCCGCCGAGAAGCUACACUACAAAAUCGAUAACCACCAAAACCUCCAAAACGACCUGCAAAAACUUUCCCUGUUUCAGGAACCGGGGUACGACGCGUGGAUGGUAUGCAUUGCAAAAGUAUCGUACUAGUAGUAAUUGCAAUACAAAUUAGCUCAGCAUGACAAAUGGAGUUUGUCAUGCUGUUUUGCCUUGGGAUGGAGAUUUGUAAUGCAUAACUGCGAUUACUACGAGUGCAAUACUUUUGCACAGAAUAGAUGGGCAUGUUCAGCAACAAGUGGAAGAACGAGAUUCCCCAUAACCGCACAAGAGCCGUUAUGGAACUGUCAGGAUCGAAAUCACAAAAUCGAUAGAAUUUGUGAUGCAUAUCAUAAAAUCGAUACCAGUUGGAGCCUCAGUUCCCAAGUGGCGUAUGACAACUUUUGGGUGCACCAAAAUCCAGUCUGUCAUGCUGUUUGGGCAAAGAAGCCUGCUCCUGUCAUGCUACUCUGGCAGCACAUCGCCUCCUCCUAACUAGGCUUGCAAUCGGUCCCCUUUGCCUGCUCCCCAGCACAGGCCUUACGUGCCAUACAUUUUAUGCAUUACAUUUCGAUCCUGACACUCCCAUAGCCCUUCUGCUGAACGUGGAGAACACCGUCCGGCAGAUUCUGGCCCAGCCCGAUUCCCUCAGCGGCGAAGCUUUGGGGAACAAACCGUGCGAUUUGCGGCGGUGCUUUGGCAUGCGGAUGCCGACGAGGCGGGAUUACCAGGAGAUUUUUCACGAAACGUACGAGCCGUUCUUGAUGCACAAACGGUCGAAGAUUUUGGACCGAAGCCGGUAUGGGAGAAGUUUGAAGCACUUCUUCGUGCAGAGAAUCAAAGCGGAGAAAGCUGCGAAGGAAAAGAAGCAUGGUGUCGAUAGUACUAGUACAACAACGAAGAAGAAAGAGAAGAAGAUGGACAAAGUGCGGGACAUCAUUUUUCACAGGCGUGAUGUAGUACAUCACCAGGCUCUUGAGCAGAAAAAAGUAAAAGGCCUCCAGAACAAUCGUCUGCUAGAGGAGCAAGUGGAUAAGAGAAAAAGUACGGCCAAGGGCGGCGCAAAAAGGAAAAAGUCAACGACGACUUUGAAAAUGGUCAUGGAGCUGGACGACGCGGAGAAAGGAGCGACAAAAAAUAACAAAGAACUGCAGAAGACGAGGACCGAAGGCGCGAACAGUGACAGUGCGCUUUCCGCUGCCCAUUUGAGUCAAAUCUUAACCAACUUGCCGGAUCAUGAAGGAGCCGUUGCAGAUGUAGUAGAUGGUCCAAGAACGUCUGCCGAUCCCGAUCUUCAUGAAGAAAUUCCUGCUGAAACCAUAAUUUCUGACCACCAGCGUCGUGCUAGCCCUGGUGAUGUUCUAGGAACUUUUCUGCAACUGCAAGUGCAACAGACCGAUUCUUCAGCAAGUGCAAGCGCUCGCACUGAAAUAAGCGAAGGAGCCACAAGUAGAAGUCUCACCACGUUGACCCAGCCCCGGACGCCACCCCCGCCGACAUCCGAAGACGACUACAACCAAGUCCAAGCGAUGCACAAACUCCUCGUUUUCGCAAAGUACUGGGGAUACGUGGGCGGGUACGCGCAGGGCGCAGAGGAGGAUCUGAUCAUGCGUCACAUCUACAAGGACGGCCCGGUGACCAUGUCGCUAAACCCGGACGGAGUGAAGCAUUUUGGGUAUUUGCACAAGAUGGAAGCGCAAAGGCGGGUACUGGACGCGUCGAAUCCCUUUUUGAGUAGAUUGGCCGAAAUGCAGGAACCGCUGCCGAGCAACGAGAAGAUCGUCCAGCCGUGGUCGCUAUGAAUUGCAAAAUUAUCGUACUCGUACUACUUGCAACCUUGCAUGACAAACCUACCUUUUUACAACCUGAAUUAGCAUUACAAAUUCCACUUUUUUUUCUGAUACAAUUUGUAAUGCAAUUUUUACUAAGUAGCACGAUACUUUUGCAAUGCAUAGUCGCAGUCCACGCACAGCAUCAUCUGUGUGGGGUGGGGCGUGCAGCAGAAAGUCGUGGACUACAGAGAGGUGGUAAGAGACGCAAAGAGGAAAAAGAAAAACAAACACUCGAAGGAUCUAUAUGCGCUGCAAAAGUAUCGUACUCGUAUAAAUGCAUUGCAAAUUAUUUUGUUCUCAGCAUGAGAAAUAAAAUUUGUGAUGCGGAUUCACCCCAAGAAAAAGAUUUGCAAUGCAUGAUUGCAAUACGAGUGCGAUACUUUUGCACAGGAUAAUCUAGAGAAUGGCGUGACGACACCAGCUCCGCCGUCAGAGCAAUCGGAUUUCCCCAUUUUGAAAGGCGAGGAAGAUGGAAAAAAUAAUGCAGCGGUGGAUUACAGGUAUGGGGAAAAGGAGAUGGAAUCGCUGCGGAAAGAGAAGAAGGGUCCUUCGGCGGCGUUAGAGGCGGCCCCGACCAUGUUGGUGGAACAGAGUAGAAGAAGCGACGCAGAAGUUGUAGAGAGAAAAGCAAAACAAGAACAAGAAGCACGUCGGCCAAUAAAGCAACAUUGGCGAAGAAGUGGUCACCAGCGAGGACAGCAGCACGAGAUCCGAAUUUUUACCCGUGGUCGCCACGGGCAAAAUGAAAAUGAUGCUCUGCACGACGAAGAACAUGACCCCGACGAAAUCCACCCUUCGCUCGCGGUUUUGCUAUGCAAGAAAAAAACUGUGUAAGUGUAAAUCUGUGAUGCAGAAAAUGCAAAACAGUUACACUUGUCAUGCUCAACAUGCAUGAUCGGCUCGCUUCCUAUGUGUUUUUCCUUCCUAUCUGCGCAUAGCAAGUUUUUCCUGCUAGGGCAGACAAACUUGUGAUGCUGUUUUCUCAAAAGACUUACACUAACACAGUUUUUCUCUUGGAUAUUUGCUGUUCCAAAUGCAGAAAAGGGCGUGGAAGAGAAGUACUAGAGUCGGGCAAAAUCUACUUCAUCGUGAAGAUCCAACAGAUCCAGGAUUUUCAGAUGCGCAGGGUGAAGUGGAGGACGGUGCUGGUGAGCAGGCCGGAGAAGAAGAAUCUAGUGCACCAGCAUCCGACAGUAGGGUAGAUCUAGAUGGCAGCGCGGAUGAAAAUGAUGUUGAAGAUGCAGAUGAUUCUGAAAAUGCUAUGCCUUGGACGGUCGUUAGCGUACAGAAGGGUGAAUUUGCACUGAAUUUGUAUUGCAUGACUUGCAUUUAAGUAAGUACUUAAAAGAGAAGUGCGCUAGGUAUGGACACGAGCCCAAGCAUCCCACAUAGCGUGAAGGGCUGCUCGUCGCGUGGUGGCGCUUGCAGGACCGAAAGAAGUGGUCUUGCGGGGUCUCGCCGGGCUGUGUAGUGCGUAUUUAGCGACCAGAGAAGGUGGAUCGGGUGGCUCUUGUUCAUCUGCGGGCUUACCUCAGAAGUUCCUCUCCGGAAUGGUCGAAAGGCAGGGCGACGCCUGAACACAGGGGCACUAGUUCAAACACGUACGCUCUCGCGAGUUGUGGUUUGGAAUUGGAUAUCUGGGAGUAGCCUCCGGUGGAAGGGAAGGCACGACUCGGCUACGGGCACUAGCUUGCUUGGCCUGGUGUUUUUGCCCCCGGAGCAAGUCUUUUUCGACGUGGCUCUCAGGUCAAGAAUUCCUUGGUGAAUUUUGAGGCUUUUUGUUUUUGCGACACUUUUUUGAAGCCCCCAAACCCGGAGUUUCUCACGCGCUAGCGAAUUUUGAAAAGGAGCCGGAGGCCAAAAUUCACCGGCGCCCUUUUCAAAAUUCACCCCAAAACUCACCGGGCGCCCAUUUUCGACCGUGAUAAGCAAACUUUAGCGCAGAAAAGUGCUCAAGGAACUCCGCAAAUAGACCCUGGGAAGCGGGGCCGAGGGGAAAAGACGAGCGCCCUCUGCUGCCCUCAGCCCGUCUAUAUUCUGCCGAAAAGGCCGGAGAGUUCACGCGCCUGCCGGAUAGACGCGCCAAAGCUCUCGGCCUGGUCCUUUCGCCCUUGCCUUCGCGCCUUCUUGCCUAAUUGCAUUUGCUUCGCAGCGCUUUCUUUUUGGCGUCUCUGCCCCGGCUGCUGCAGUGCUCUUAUGCGAGCACAGGGAGACGAAUAGACAUGGCCAAAGAACGGCACCCAGGCCAUGUCUAGAAGUUCUUGCCCGCCGCAUAAGCCUUGACAGCUUUUGCGGUGUGCAGAACCCACUUCCCAGAAGGCCAAGAGGGACAAUGUCCCGGCGGACCCACCUGCAAUUUGUCAUGCAAAAUUCACUACAAAUUCACGAACUUCUCAUGCUAACGGAUGUUAAAGCUCUAGUGAAAAUGAUGUUGAAGAUGCAGAUGAUUCUGAAAAGAAAUCCGAAGAUCAAGAUUUUUCCGGAGAUGAUAGUGAAGACUCCUUCUUUCCAGACGAAAUUCUGGGUGAAGAUGCGAUAGUACCGAGCGAAAUAGGCGACGGGGAAACAAGCACUACAGAUGAUGAACAAAAUAAAGACGAGGAUACAACUCCUGCAAUCGACCUUCUAGCCAAAGAACGCAACAAAUUAAAGAACGUCGUUGGCAGCAUGGCAGAGGAUGAGGAAAAACAAGAAGAGCGUACAACUAAGAACGUCUACUCCCAGCACGCCGGAACCUCGUCCAAGAAGAAGAUGAAGCGCAGAAAAACCACUUCUAUGUCACGAUCUAAAAAUAAAAAACGCAAAGCAAAACGAAAAUCUACUUCCGGAUGGCACUACAUCGACGGCGAAAAUAAAUCUUCGUCCAACCCCGAGGGAACCGCCAGCAGCAAAAGAAAGAAACCGAAACACAAAGAGCACUUUAAGACCGCGCGAACAGUGGAAGUCUCUGCCGUGAACCGGGCGCAGAUGGGGGAAAAGGUCGAGCAGAAGAAAUUCUGGGAGGUGCGCAACAGCUGGGGCCGGGAGUGGGGCGACCGCGGGUACGCGAAGCUGGAACGGGGAAUCAACAUGGCGUUUUCGGAGAUCGAAUCGGAAUACGUGGUCCCCGACAUGGAGAAACUGCACAAAAAUUUCGUGGACAAAAACCCGGAGAUGCUGAAAUACAUCGAGGAGGCGAAUAAGUUGCAGAACGAGCAAAGGCAAAAAGAGCUGGAGCUCGAGAAGCAGAAGGAGGAGGCCGCGAAGCAAAGCACGUACCUACCGAACAUAACCGUCCCCGUGCCGGAAAUACCGGAGUUCCCACAUCUCGGUUUCUCCGUUUUCAGCCAGGAGGACCAUCUGGCGGGCAUGCCGCUGAUUGAUGAAGUUGUGCGGAACGUGAAUUACACGCAUAUCCCGGGAAUCCUGCUUUCCGAAAGUCGGGUGGCAACCGCACCGACGAAGACCUCCGUUGUUGAACCCGUAGUGCAACAGUUAAAUUUCUCCACGUCCACCGCCCCACCGCCACCUGCAACCACCACCACGACCACUACCACGACAACCACUAUCCUGUGCAGAAGUAUCUUCGUACUCGUACUUCUUGCAAAUAUGCAUGACAAAUGUUUUUCCUAAGGGAAAACAGCAUUACAAAUUCCACUUCCCUUCUUGCCAAAAUUUGUGAUGCAAUUUAUACUAGUACGAUGCUUUUGCAAUGCAUAACCACCACGAAAGAGCAACGGCAGGACACCGUGGCGAUUUUGUCUGA